AUGGCUGUUCCAGGCACUCAGAUCUCCAAGCGCAGAAAGUUCGUCGCCGAUGGCGUCUUCUACGCUGAGCUCAACGAGUUCUUCCAGCGCGAGCUGGCCGAGGAGGGCUACUCCGGCGUCGAGGUCCGCGUCACCCCCACGGUAACCGACAUCAUCAUCCGCGCCACCCACACCCAGGAGGUUCUCGGCGAGCAGGGCCGCCGCAUCCGCGAGCUCACCUCGCUCAUCCAGAAGCGCUUCAAGUUCCCCGAGAACUCCGUCUCCCUCUACGCCGCAAAGGUCCAGAACCGCGGUCUCUCCGCCGUCGCUCAGUGCGAGUCCCUCCGCUACAAGCUCCUCAACGGUCUCGCCGUCCGCCGCGCCUGCUACGGUGUCCUCCGCUUCAUCAUGGAGUCCGGCGCCAAGGGCUGCGAGGUCGUCGUCUCCGGCAAGCUUCGCGCCGCCCGCGCCAAGUCCAUGAAGUUCACCGACGGCUUCAUGAUCCACUCUGGUCAGCCCGCCAAGGACUUCAUCGACCACGCCACCCGCCACGUCCUCCUCCGCCAGGGUGUUCUCGGCAUCAAGGUCAAGAUCAUGCGCGGCUCCGACCCUGAGGGCAAGGCCGGCCCCCAGAAGACCCUUCCCGACGCCGUCUCCAUCCUCGAGCCCAAGGAGGAGCAGUCCGUCGUCCAGCCCAUGUCCCAGGACUACGGCGCUAAGGCCGCCCAGGCCCAGGCCGCCGCUGAGGCGCAACAAGCGGAGCAGCAGCCCGAGGCUGGCGAGGAGGCCGAGGCUCAGUCGUAG